AUGGCAAUGUUCUUGGUUCUUCUCAGCUUGAUUAGCGUAUGUGUUGCUGACCUCGAUGCGAAAGGAGCCUGUGCCUUGCAGACAAAGCACCGCUUGGAGGAAGGCGCGGCUGCCAGGAAGGUGUCGGUCACUUGCGAAGCUGAUGAGCUCAUUUGCUAUGACCAGGCCGGACACACACAGAGUUGCCAUCCAAAGAGUCGCGUGGUGAAGCAUGCGAUCCCGCAGCAGAAGCGCUUGGAACUCAACAAGGACUCGCCGAAGAGCUCGGGUCAAUUCUCUGCCAACUUGGAGCGUGACCAAGCCUCCUUGAAGCAAGUGGAGCUCUUACGAGCUGAAGUUUACAGAGGUCAGACGGAUGUCUUGCAGGCCUUGGAGAACCUACGACUGCAGGUGGCAGAGUCCAAGCGCGCCCUACCAGUUCCUGUGCCGGCCCACCUGUCGAACAACGCCACAUUGGCGGCCAAUGCGACGGCGCCGCCCACACCCACGCCGACGGUGCCGCCUGUGCGCCUGCCUCCUCUUCCGGUGGCUGCGCCAGUGACAGCCGGGCCCACGGCCGCUGUGACCAUGGCACCCCUCGCGACGAAUUUGAGGCAGGGUGAUGGCCCCAUCUGGGACAGCAAAGUGAUCAUGAUCGAGCGGAAGGCGGAGAAGCAAUACUGGUACCAGCGCCAGGAGAAGAAUGCUCCAAUUCACCCGGCCUUCAUCAAAUACAACUCCAAUUGGCCAUGCCUUUGGGGCGAGGAAUACACCGGUCAAGGAAGUGGCGAUGGAAACAAGUGGACCUGCGGUGCCCGGCUCAUCCAAGCGCCUUGUGUGGUCUAUUCCUUUGGAUCCAACAAUGACAUGAAGUUUGAGUUGGGCAUCCAUGAGUUGGGCCUCCACUGUGAGAUCCACAUCUACGAUCCCACCAGUCCGGAGCCGCGGGAUGCCCGGCGCAUAGGCGCUCGCUUCCACAAGGUGGGUCUGGGUGCACGCGACGGGUUCCAAGGCCGCUUUCCGGUGAAGACUUUAAAAAGUCUCAUGAAGGAGAAUGGCCAUAGCCACAUCGAUAUCCUCAAGGUGGACAUCGAGGAUGCGGAGCACGAAGCCAUCCCCCAGAUCGCCCAUGAGGGCUGGCCCUCCGUUGGGCAAUUCCUGGUCGAGGUGCACAUCAGGAACUUUGCAAAUGACAUGAGUUUGGACAAGCUUAUCACUUUGAUCGAGAAGGGCAACUUGCGUCUCUUCCAUCAGGAGGUGAAUUGGCAAUACGGCGCCAGCUGCUGUACCGAGUACGCCUUUAUCCACAAGGACUGGCGCCCGGAACGAAAAAAGUACGACAUGAUGAUGGCCGCGACCUUUGUGGAUGUCCCACUGCGCGACCCUCGUCAGCCGCUGCCGAGCCACUUGCGUCCGCCGCAAGUGCGGUAUCCGGCGCAGAUGCCGCAGGCCGUGCUGCCUCGAGCGCAUGGGCCACGGUAG